GUAAAGGUAGAAGGGGUAAACCAGCUGUUGGAGAUAAAGCCAAGGAAGUAGUAGAGAGCAUAGAUGACAGUAAUCCAGUGAUUAUGAUGUUCAAAGAGUAUGCUGCUCAGUUGGAUGAUAAACAUGACAAAUAUGAAAGAAUAGUGAAACAUAGCAGAGAUAUCACCAUAGAAUCCAAACGUAUUAUAUUCCUUCUACAUAACAGCAAUACAGAUAUAGAGUCGAAAAGGGAGUCUAUUUUGGAAGAAGCAGACACACGUUUGAAAGCUGUGAUUGACAUCAAUCUCAGAGCAGUAGCUGAAGAAUUACGUGAUGAAGACAGCUACCAAUUUCUGCGAGCUUAUACUAAUGGUCUUCAGGAAUUUAUUGAAGCAUUAACAUUCUACCAAUUCAUAAAGAAUGACAGUAUUGAUAAUUGGGAAAAAAUUAAUAACUUGCUCAAAUAUCAAGACGAAUAUGGUUCGGAAUUCACACUCGUGUUCCCACAAUACGAGUAUAUACUCGGUAUUGCUGACUUCACUGGGGAGUUGAUGAGGAGAUGUAUCAAUACGUUGGGUGUAGGAAAUAUUGAAGAUUGUUUCAAGCUAUGCAAUUUUGUCAGACACAUCAACACAGGUGUCUUAGGUUUGAUGUCCCAUGGCAGCAAAGAAUUAUCAAGAAAAGCAUACGUACUGCGUCAGAGUUUGGAAAAAAUGGAGCUAGUAUGUUACAACAUACAAAUCAGAGGAACUGAAAUACCAAAACAUAUGUUGCUCAAUGUGAUCGAAUCUAGUCACGUCAAGGAUGAUGUGGAUGAAGGAUUUUAUUGAAAUAAUUCUGUAGAUAUUCAACUCUGAAAUUCACAUAUAAAUAUAUGUUCAUGCUUCAUGAAAAA